AAAAGCAACCAUCUACCGCUAGUGUAGCCAGUUCAAACGUGUUCAUCUUAAUUUGGGGGAUGAACAAAGGAGUGGUCGUCCUACGACGGCUGUCACCGAAGAAAGUGUGCUGGCAGCAAAAAAUUUAAUUCAAGAAAACAGACGAAUCACGUUCGAAGAGAUUCAGCAUACUCUGCAGAUUAGUUCAGGAAGUGUUCACAAGAUUUUGCACGAGCACCUUUGCGUAAGGAGGAUAGUUUCCCGCUGGGUGCCGCACAACCUCAUCAAAGUUCAGAAGCAUGCCCGUGUGGAUUGGUGCAGUCGUAUGAUGAAAAAUUUGAUGCAGGCUCGUCAGGGCGUGUUUACGAUAUUGUGACAGGCGACGAAUCCUGGAUUAAUCAAUACGAUUCAGAAACAAAGCGUCAGUUGACAGUUUGGCUGUUUCAAAAUGAACCAACGCCUACGAAAGUGAAGCAAUCGAGGAGCGCAGGAAAACUAAGCAGCGCCCCACUAUCGGAUGUAAGAACAAACUACCUUUUUCAAUACAGUCGCGAAAUAGACGAUGCAGUAGGUGUGCCGCUUCAGCAAUCCUCACCUUGCCUGAACCCAAUUCCCUACCUCGCGGAGCCCUAGAACCCAGCAGAAACACCAAAAUGAAGUGUUAUUUUACUGUGAACUUCUGUAAGGUGGCGGAUGCUUCCCAAGACGGGCGCUCUGAUUCGAGCGAUAAAUCAGCUAUUCCCUACUUCUCUUAAAUAUCUCAUAAAAAAUAGGUCAUAAUUUUUCAAUCCGCCUCAAUUGUAGUAGUGAUCUUGUUCAAAUGUCGAGACGCCGGCGCGCGCGCGUCUGCCAACAACAAGGAACCGUUUUAAAUUUAGCGUUGAGUGACAAAUUAUAUCCAAAUAGUUUAUUCCAUUGAGAAUGUCCGCAGAAUUCUUAGUUUCGCAAUGAAUUUCGCGUUAUCCGCACAUGAGUUUUUGCCGGGACAUCUAUUUAUCUAAGUGAUACGAUUUCUUGGAACUUGUUGAUUUUGCUUUCAAGAGUGUACUGGAAAAGUGUUUUUUUGUUGUCUUUUGAAAUUUUGUGUUUGAUAAUGAUUCAGAAGAGUGCCAGUUGGCAAGUGUACCGUAAUGUAAAUUCAACCAGUAGUGAUAUAUCUACCUCUUCAUCAGAAAAUAAUGAGACUCCUUUAAAAAAAUUUAAUCGGCUGUUUCGCACUUCCGUGGCCCGCCGAUGGGCCUACUUCAAAAGAGAUAGGUCUUCCUUGUGGGUCCGCGGGCGAUCGGUGUCCGAUACAGAGCUCAGUAUCAUCAUCAAUAAUGAGCGCGCGUUCUGCGACGUCCAGGGAUUUCAAAGGCGGUCGCUGCAGGUGUACGGCGCCCGCGCCGAGCCGCCACUUCCCACAUUGUUCGUCACGUCGGCGGGCGGGUCGGGCUCGGGCAGCGUUGCUUGCGAGGAGGCGAGCGACGGCAGCGACGCGGAGCGCCCGCGCCGGGGACACCACCUGCGCGUGCCCACACCCGCCUUCCCGAGCCAGUGA